CGGAGGAAAAUAGUAUAUCGUCAGCCUUUGAUAUGGAUGCUGCCGAAUAUUCGGGAUACGCAGACUUUAAGUGGGCGGUGGAGUUGAAUCGUUAUAGUCUGGAGCUUAUCGGUCUUUGGCCGAAAAUGGAAGAAACGACGCGGGAGAAGUUAAUGGCAAAUGUACGUGUAUUUUUGCUAAUAAUUAUGGUAACUUUCGUUUGCGUGAUUCCCUGCAUACAUUCCCUGAUAAGAGUUUGGGGAGACCUGAUGUCGAUGACGGAUAAUCUGCAGUUCACCUUACCUUUGGUAUCGAUGAUAAUGAAGCUCGUCAUCAUGUGGAGCAAAAGAGCUGCUCUCGCGCCGAUCCUGAGCAUGAUCGCCAAAGAUUGGCUGAGGCUGAAGACCGACGAGGAGCGUAAGAUUAUGAUAAGAUGCGCACGGAUCCCUCGUAUGAUCAUAAUCUGCGGAUUCGUCAUAAUGUUCGCGUCGUUUAUCUUGCUGUUUAUUCUGCCGUGCCUCGGGAUCACCAUGAGAUACAUAACAAACGUGACCGAUCCAGGCAAACCAUUGCCCCUGCAGACGUACUACCUGUACGACACCGACAAGAGUCCGUAUUUCGAGCUGACGUUUCUCGCUCAGGGUGUCACUCUCAUGAUAUCCGCCAUGGGUUACAGUGCGAUCGACAGCCUCUUUGGAUUGCUGGUUUUUCACGUCUGCGGCCAACUGGAGAAUCUUAAAGGCCGAUUAACGGAUGAAAAGGAUCCAAAUUUCGAUCGUGUCCUAGCGGAUGCGGUAACGGAUCAUGUACGCCUUAUCAGAUGUGUUAAAGUCAUCGAGAGUACAUUUACUUUAAUGCUUCUUGGAUUAUUCCUUUAUUUCGGUACAUUAUUUAGUCUCUAUGGAUUCUUACUAGUUACCGUUAUCACCGAUGGACGUCAUUUGUCUCUCGUAAGAUUAUUGUUUCUUAUAAUGGUCGUUGUGAAUAUUUUUGGGCAUAUGUGUUUGUAUUGUAUAGUUGGAGAAUUUCUAAUAACGCAGUGCGAAGGUAUAUAUCAUGCUGCGUGUGAUUAUCGUUGGUAUAAAUUAGAGCCAAAGCAAGCGAGAAAUCUAAUUUUAUUAAUGAUUCGCGCAAAUAAGCCACUUUACGUAACAGUUGGCAAGAUAUUUCCUUUAACGAUGAAUGCUUUUUGCAGCCUAUUAAAAACGUCAGGCGGUUAUAUAUCGGUUUUGCUUGCGCGACGUGAUUAAUAUAUACCAUUGA